AUGCGUUGCAUGGUUAGCAUUAUCUGCCACGUCUAUUUGGUGCUAGCAGCAGGAUGGUUAUGUACAUUCGUCUACGGCGUCCAAUGGAAGGUCCUUAACCCCGACGAUAAGAGUGUGACGAGAACGGCAAGCGCCUUUUCUGCCACAACGUUAUAUACCUUCGGAGGUGAAUGGCAAGGAACGUACAGCCGAGAUCUGCGGCAAUUCGAUUUCUUCAAGAAGACGUGGACAAGUGUGGAAGUUGGUGGAACUGCUCCCGCACGAAGGGCUGGCGCAACGCUGACCAAGCUAGCAUCUGCACUGUACCUCAUCGGUGGCCACAACGAAAAUGGCACAAUAGGAAGCAUACACAAAUACGACAUCAUCACUAACAAGUGGCAUAACGUGCAAAUAUCAGGCGAUGUCAACUUUAUCCCGAGGAGCGGACACGCGGCAUGCACGGACGGCCAAAAUCGCAUUUUCGUCUUCGGCGGAUACAGUGAUGAAGGUCUAUUUCUCAAUGAUUUGUACGAGAUACACUUGAGCUCCAAAUCGAACCCUGAAUCUAACGCCCAACAAAUAGACGCCACCUUCAAGCUUCUAAGCACAGAUCGUACCAUAACGUGUCAUACAGAUCUCAAUGCUGGCGCUCUUAAUCCAUCCCCCAAGGAACACGCAUCAAUGGAAAUUGUUGAUGGCGUGCUCUACCUCUUCGGGGGGUACAGCUAUGGAGGCAGCUGCGGCGACGGAAUGUGGACGUUUGAUCUGAAAACUUCCAAGUGGACGGCGUUGGAGUCCGAAAUGUCGCCGCCGCCCAUGGAGGGAAUGAGCUCGAUAACAAUGGGCAGGAGCGUUCUAUUUUUCGGCGGCUGUGACUUCAGCUACAAUUCAAGUCGAUGCUACAACGAUUUGUGGCGCUUCGACACCACAACAAAUAAAUGGUACAUCAUACCAACCGCUGAUGACAAACCGGCCGCACGAGCCUUCGCAUCCAUCGCAUUCUUGAAUGGUGGCUUGGUUCUACACGGAGGUUCGAAAAUGGACGUUCGAGCAUUCGGCGAAACAUACCAGCUUCUCGAUAUGCCCUGUAAGGACCCCGCCCACACGUGCCUUGGUAGAGGCACAUGCUCACUCACGUCUUGUGUAUGUUCAAGCGGCUACGAAGGGCACGAUUGUGGAAUAACAUCAGCGCCCGAGGACGCAGUAAAAUCGGACGAUGUACCAUUCUACACGGAAAUGUGA